AUGGAUCAAGCAAAUGUAUCAGAGUCAAUGGAGCUAAGCGAAUCCAUGAUAAUCGAAGGAUUCGCCGUGAACGACUACGUUUUGAUAGUUUUAUACAUUCCAGUAUUCAUCGCAGCUUUAAUUGCCAACGUAACUGUGAUUGCGAUCGUUUUAAAAAAUCGAUAUAUGAGACGGAUAAACAAUUACUUUUUGGUGAACUUGUCCGUUGCGGAUUUAUUGGUAACUUUAGUGUGCAUGCCUAACGCUGUAUGGAGAGCUCACACGAGUAUCUAUGAUUUCGGUAGAUACACCUGCAAAAUAUCAGCUUAUAUCGAAUGCGUCUCAGUCGGCUCGAGCAUAUUCACAAUAACUACAAUGGCUAUGUACAGAUAUUUGGCCAUCACGAGGCCGCUGUACCACGGUAUUUAUACGUACCGGUCCCUCAACAGGUGCAGUACCACGUUAAUCAUAACGUGUUUGUGGUUCAUGUCUUUGGUGGCAUUUUCCCCGAUUCUAUGGGUGUACGAUGUGAAUGUGGUGAACAGGAAUUUAACUGAAAAUGUUACUAUAAAUAUGUGCGGGGAAGAUUGGACCAAGGGCCCCAUUCCUCAACGUUCAAUGGGAAUACUUUGGUUUAUAUUCGUUUUCGCUAUACCAGGUAUAAUAAUAAUCGGUGCCUAUUCGAAAAUGGGACAAACUUUAUGCUCAGAUACUCCACUUUUCGACGACGAAUGCACUUACUCAUACCAACGAAUAAAACUGUUAAGAAGCAGGAAAAAGGUCGCUUGCAUUCUACUGCUGCUAGCAGUAGUCUUCGCAAUCUGCUGGCUGCCCAAACACAUCACGAAUCUAAUCGAUGACACCGUGGAUAGCGAACCGAGCGAAGAGAACUUCGACCAAAACCUGAGGCAGUCCAGGGAAGAAGUCCAACUGGCCUUGGACUAUAAAUUGAAGCAGAUCAAGAUCAAGCGCUAUUUGCUUCUGUUGGGCCAUUUGAAUUCCGCCCUGAAUCCAAUCAUCUACUGCAUGCUGUCGAAGAAGUUUCGGAACUACAUUAGCAAAAUGUUCUGCGGGACUCCCGUGCAAAAAGAGGUCACUAAGGCAACUCUCAUAAAGUUGAACACGUUUCGUCGGCAGCCGAAUAAUUUGAAAACUUCUACUCAAACCAACGAUGCGUCUAAUGGUGUAAAAACCCUUUCACCACCUUAG